GUUCCCGGCUAGCGGAUCUUACCCCCUCCCAUCUGCUCUUCCUGACAUCGCCCCGGGUUCCGUACCACACUUGCUCACCUUAUCGUCUCUCUUUGGUACUCUUUUCCUCCAGCUGUCUCAUCUCUUGCUCACGGCUGUCUCCCUUACGAACCCUUGACCCAGCGUCACCUUGCGCAUACACAGGGCCUGCUGCAUUUCCACCCCGCACGAAGAUCGCUGGUGCUCCGGCAACCAAGUCGCCUCACAACCUGCACAAUACCAGGCACGGAGAAGCUCUAGCACUACCCACGCUUGCUCAUACCGGUCCUGUGACGGACAGAGGCAUACCCUAGACCCCCCUUGUGGCCACGAGCGGUGGGCUUGCUUGCUGUCACCUGACCUCCCUCCACUCCAAGCGAGCUGCUAGAAUCGGAACACCAUAUCGCUGCCAACCAUGGUGUAUAAGAUCUCACCACAGCUAUGGUCCCAGCUACAUCACUUUGCCUCCUUUCCGCAAACGGGCAUCUCUCUGAGGCAGAUGGUUCAAUUCGGUAGGAAUCCCAACCCGGGUACAAUUCUACAGGCGGGCAAUUUUCUAGCUGAGGAGCUACCUAUUCGUCUGGCGCAUAGAGUAAAGGAGCUGGACGAGCUGCCGAAUGGACUGAACAAGAUGCCUUCCAUCGUGCGGGUUAAAGACUGGUAUGCUCAAUCUUUCGAGGAACUCGUUGCUUUCCCCAAACCACAACUACCAAAAUCAAUUGCCUCCAAAUUCCCUUCCACUCCUUCCGUCUCGCCUUCAGCUCAACCACAUGAGGAGCAAGGCACGAUAAGCUCUGUCGGGUCGGAUUCCCCAGAUGCCGUUGGACUGGAAGAUGCUACGACCAAUCCCGUCUUUGACGAGAGGGCGAGAUUUGAGGAUGGGGCGGAGGAAGGGGAAGUGGCUGGUAGAAUGUCUUCCGCAAACGGCAACGGCAAUGGUUCGAGCGCCAUGAGCACAAAGAAGCGUGUGCCAUUGGCGCACAGGUACUAUGCCAACCUCCACAACAUCGAUUGGCCGCCUGAGGUGAUAGACUACAACGAGCACUUCACAAGGGCACUGGAAAAGAUCAAGAAGCGGCACGAUGCCGUAGUGACGACUGUUGCGCAAGGAGUGCUGGAGUACAAGCGAGCUCGAUCGGGCGAAGAUGUGCAAGCGGACGUGCAACGGUUCCUGGAUCGCUUCUACAUGUCGCGUAUAGGUAUUCGUAUUCUGAUUGGACAACAUAUCGCUCUGGCUCGGACAUCGCCUACCACACAAGGCGCUCUGGAGGACAAUCCUCUUGACAGCGCAGACGAGGACGAGCCAGGAUCCGGUGCAGGCUCCCUGACGAAUCCAGAAUCGGAGCAGUACGUUGGUAUCAUCUGCACAAAUACCAAUGUGGGCGCAAUGGCUCACGAGGCCAUCGAGAAUGCAAGAUUCGUCUGCGAGGAGCAUUAUGGUCUCUUCAAGGGCCCACCGGUACAGCUCGUGUGUCCGAAGGACUUGACGUUCAUGUACGUCCCAAGUCAUCUGAAUCACAUGCUAUUUGAGCUGCUCAAGAACUCUCUCCGAGCCGUUGUGGAACGCUAUGGGGUAGAAAACGAAGACGAAUUUCCAGCGAUCAGGGUCAUCGUAGUGGAGGGCAAAGAGGACAUCACGAUCAAGAUCUCCGACGAGGGUGGUGGGAUUCCGAGGAGUGAGAUGGGACUAGUGUGGACCUAUAUGUAUACGACGGCGCAAUCUGAGGAUCUAGAUCCUGACUUCAAUGCUUCCGACUUCAAGGCGCCUAUGGCCGGAUUCGGAUACGGUCUACCGCUCGCCAGGCUGUAUGCCAGAUAUUUCGGUGGAGACUUGAAGCUCAUCUCAAUGGAGGGCUACGGUACCGACGUAUACCUACAUCUCAACCGCCUCAGCUCGAGUUCGGAACCGUUAGCGUAAAGAGGAUUGUGUGGCCAUCGAACGAACGAGGAUUGCAGCGAGACGUGGCAUUGUACGAUAGGAGUGUGUGUUUGCAACGAGAGCAGGAAAGAGAUGCUUCUGCCAAUUCUCUUGAAUCACAUGCCGACCGACAGCUCUUUCUGAUCCAUUGCGACAGGGGUAAUGUCGAAGUGCUGCACGCCUUCCCAACCUACUCGCUGAUUUCAGGAGCGCAAGCUAGGAGCAGCACAUUGCUCCGCUUCUCUUGACGCCCAUGAGCGCUUGAACCUUGUCUCGCUCAGCCGUCACAGGUCGGUGUGGUCCUGACUACCAAUUGCUUUGCCGACGCUUGAACCGUGAGGUGCGGGCGAACAUAUUGUGUAGGCGC